CUCUGCAUCGUGAUCAUGCACUCGGGCGGCAAGAGGCGGAGAGGGAGGGAGAGGGAGAAAGGCCGGUCAAAUAUCGGGCUCCAGGCACCGCAAGAAAUGCAGCGCACCCAGCGCUGUUUUUUUUCCGCAUCAAGGAAACUUCUACGAACAUGGGAGAGAAACAUCUCAAAGCUCCGGCCGACCCUACACUGGUCAAUCGCAGUAGUAUUAAACCCCUCGCAUCUGCUGAAUCUAUAAUAUUGGCAGACAACGACUCGUCAUCGACAUCCGGUGUAGGAUGGGCCCACCAGCAGGCCAGCAACCGCAGCCAUCGACCCUCUCAACAAAAGGGCUACCGCACCUCUCCCAAGAGUAAAAGGAGGCUAAGUGCGCCGCCUCCCUGUCGCGCCCCUCCGAGUCCAGACGAAGAUGCCCGGUCACGAGACUCGUCGCCGGGGGCGGCGCCCAAAAGCGGCAGCAGCCAGCUCCAGAGGCUCAGCAAGCAGCUCACGAAGGUAGGUAGGAGACAGGAACAGAUACUGUCGAUUCUCCUGCUCGCGGAGUCACGCCCCGACAAGGCGCCCGAAGUCUGUAGCGCGCCGCCGCCGCCGCCUCUCAGCGCGCUCGACGAGGUGGCCCUGCAGCGCUACCACCAGAUGACGCUGGACCCGGACCCGGUGCGGCUGUGCGACAUGUUCCUGGCGCGGUUUGGCCUGCCGCAGGUGCUGUCCGGGUCGUAUGACGCAAUCGAGCUGCUGCACAUGCACGGGUGGGAGCCCGAGGACUACGGCGACGUCGAGCUGGCGGUGCGAGGGGUGGUCGGCGGCGGGGGUGACGAGGAAGACGGCGCGUUCGCCGCAGCCACCGCGGCCGAGAUGCGAGAGCUGGGGAGAUCGGACGGCGCCGACGCAGACGAGGCCGUGGUGACGACAGUGAAGUGGGCGCCCGUAGACGCCAGGGGUUCAAAGCAGGUAACGCGGCGGGUGGCGCGAGCGGCGGCGCUCACGCGUGGCCACUGGCGGCACCAGGGGCGGUCAGUGCGGGACCCGGGGGAGGCGGCGGGGGCGCCUCCGCCGCGCCUCGAGUCCGACGAGUUCGCCGACUCGGUCCUGUUCCUCCACUGCCCCGGCGGCAGCAAGGCGCUGCUGUACCAGUCCGGGUACGACGCCGCGGGGGGGCACGUCGCGCGCGAACCCUGGCUCGGCGGGAAGCGGUCGCUGCUUCAGCAGUUGCAGGUUCGUGCGUUCUCAUUAAGGAGUUUUCCUUGGGGAGGUAGGAGGAGGAGGAGGAGACAAUGUGGCGAGAGAGGGACCGGCAGGGCUGGCUAAUCCGAGACGCUUUCGUAGCCGUACGAUGAUAGGCUGCGCAUCGAUCCGACCUGUCCGUGGGAUGGGAGGGUGUUCGGACGAGUAUGGAAG